CUUCGCUGUCUCAAAAACUUGAAAUUAAACGCUACCCACCGAAGAAGAAGAGGAAAAAACACUAAAGGUGGGGACUUUAAUCUGUUUCAUUCAUUUAAACCAAUACCUCCAACGCCAGGCUUUUCCAGUUUCAUUCAUCAACAACUCAGAUCUUUCUUAAAAGAACCCAAAAGCCUGAACUUUUUGAAGCUAAAAUCCCGGGAGUCUAAACACAAAAGUGGGUUUUUUAGGAGAGAGACGCACGGAUUUUUGUUCGUUGUUGUUGUUGUUAUCAAUGGAUGGUCCAAGUGGGAGUUCUUCAGGUGGAGGUAUGAUGAAUUUUGUUGAUCAAAACAGUCAUAAUGCGUUUGGUUCUAUGAUGAUGAUGAUGCCCUUGAUGUCCACCUCUCAUCAACAACAACACCACCAUCAGGGAGAUGCAUGUAGCUCGUUUCUUCCUCCUCCUCCUCCUCCUCCUCCUCCGCCGCCUAAUUACACCAACAAUAACACUUCUAAUUCAAUUUCUUACUUCUUGGAUGAAACCAACAACAACAUCAACGAGGGUAGUAAUGGUAAUUCUUCAUGUGAAUUGAAGGCCAAAAUCAUGGGUCAUCCCCACUACCACCGCCUGCUUGUUGCCUAUGUCAAUUGCCGGAAGGUGGGGGCGCCGCCGGAUGUGGUGGCGAGGCUUGAACAAGCGUGUGCAUCUGCAGCCACAAUGAGUGGUACGUCUUGUAUUGGACAAGAUCCGGGGCUUGAUCAGUUCAUGGAGGCUUACUGUGAGAUGCUCACCAAAUAUGAACACGAACUUUCUAAACCCUUUAGGGAUGCCAUGCUUUUUCUUCAACGAAUUGAGUGCCAAUUCAAAGCUCUCUCUAUCUCCUCCUCCUCCGAUGCUGGUUGCGGUGAGGCAUUUGAUAGGAACGGAUCAUCUGAAGAGGAAGUUGAUAAGAAUGGGCAGUCAAUUGACCCCUGGGCAGAAGACCAUGAACUGAAAGGUCAACUCCUCCGAAAAUACAGCAGAUACUUAGGCAGUCUGAAGCAAGAAUUCAUGAAGAAAAGGAAGAAAGGGAAGCUACCAAAGGAGGCCAGGCAACAGCUCCUGGAUUGGUGGAGCAGACAUUACAAAUGGCCUUAUCCAUCCGAAUCACAGAAGGUAGCUUUAGCAGAAUCAACUGGGUUAGAUCAAAAGCAAAUCAACAACUGGUUCAUCAACCAGAGAAAAAGACACUGGAAGCCAUCUGAAGAUAUGCAAUUUGUGGUGAUGGAUGCUGCUCAUCAUCAUCCACAGUAUUACAUGGACUCCGUCUUGGGGAAUCCUUUCCCAUUUGAUAUCUCUCCCACUCUUCUCUAAUUAUUAAAUUUGCUUUUAAUAUAAUGUCAUGUAUAUGUAUAUGAUGAUGAUGGUGUUGAUGGCGAUCGCCUGU